UUUCCGUCAGUCUGCGAUCUACCGGCAAGGAAGUAACCUGCUCUGGACUCUUGUGGCCCUCCUAGUCCAGCGAAACCGACGACGAGUUCACCCAGCCUUCAAUAUGCGUGAUAAGAGCCAGGAGCCCUGUUGUCUACCCCUGAAGGAGGAGUUCCAGCGCUCUAAGUUCUCGCUGCACCACGAUGAUCCUGGCGCCUUUUGUCGAUCGCAAUGGCAGAAGGGCGAUCGGAACAUCAUCUGGCUGCUCUAUCGAUGGAUCCUGGCUGGGUUCUUUGCCGGCGGUGUUAUCGGCAGCAUGGUGGAAACCUUCAACGGCGGUCGCUGGUUCAUUUAUCUCACGGACUGGGGAUUUUCCUUGUGCUUUUAUUGCUGCACCUAUGGCGCCAUAAUCGCCACCAUUUACUUCAUAAGGCCCUCGUAUUUUGCUCCUGGCAGUUGGGCAUUGAAAAUCUAUUGGAUUUCCCACUACACAACUGUAGUUUUAGCCAUGUUGAUCACCCUGGUCUUCUGGGCUGCACUUUAUCCAUCCAUGCCAGAAAUGGGUGCUGAGCUGUACAACCUCUGGGCGCAUGCGUUUAACUCGAUUUGCAUGGUUUUCGACUGCUUCAUGGUCGCCUUUCCCACCAGAAUUAUGCACUUUGUUUAUCCCUUCACCGCUGGCAUUACCUAUGGUAUAUUUUCAUUAAUUUACUUUUGGACUGGCGGAGUAGAUCCAAUGGGAAAUCGAUUCAUCUAUUUCAUCUUGGACUGGGAACGACCUGGUCUGGCCAUUGGUACGGUUUGCGGAUGUGUGGUUCUAGUCAGCUGCUUCUGUGUGUUGGUCUUUGGAUUCUACAGAUUACGUAUCUCGAUGUACGAAUGUUGUAGUAAAAAACCUGAGGAAAUUCCAUCUACCACUGCUCCUCCCAAGGAACCAAGGCAAAAUGUUUGAGUUCAAUUUAAACAUUCUUAAUGGGACUCCAAAGAAGUAGGUGGUUUUCUGGUAGA